AGAGGAUUCCGUACAAAACUGCAGCUAGACUUACUGAAAACCUAUUAACGGGAACAUGCACUCAAAGUCUGUAAACCAACUUGUUUAAAACGAAAACGCACUGCUUAGAAAAGCACCAGCAGCAGUGUUUGAAGAGGACUCAGAGUCCCAGGGUUCCUGAUUGACUCGAGUGACGAGGAAGUGCUGCAGAGAGAGCGCGUGCUGGAGAGCGAGCUGUCAAUUACUGAGACACGAGACGAGCAGACACACGUCAACACACGCGCUCCUGAGAUUAUAAUCCGUGGACCUCGCGCUUGUCUAAAAUGGUGUUGGACCCUCGAGGAGAGGUCGAUGUUGGUGAAGCAGAACUAGAAGACCUUGAAAAGCAAAACCAGGAGAUGAAUUCACCAAACCAGACCAGCAGGGAGAUGGAGAGCCUGGUGUCCACCAAUAGCAGCGAGGAAGCUUCCAGAACGGACCAAUCUGAGAGUGAAGAGAGGACCUUUGUGACCAAUCUGUACUGUUUCAUGAAGGAAAGAGGCACGCCCAUAGAGAGAAUUCCCCAUCUUGGCUUUAAACAGAUCAACCUGUGGAAAAUCUACAAAGCUGUGGAGACACUUGGAGGAUAUGAUGCGGUAACAGCGCGGAGGCUAUGGAAAAAUGUGUAUGAUGAGCUGGGUGGUAGUCCGGGCAGUACCAGUGCAGCCACCUGCACACGCAGACACUACGAAAGGUUGGUGUUGCCCUUUGAGCGGCAGCUGAGGGGGGAAGAGGACAAACCGCUACCACCCUCCAAACCUCGAAAGCAGUACAAGAGAAGCCCUGAGAACAGGGGAAGUAAGCCAGAGAGCAAGAAGAAGAGGAAGAUGGAGAGAGACGAGUGCGAGGACAAAAUGGGAUCAGAUCAUCACUGUGAGAGAGGGAUGUGUUCCCAUCACAGUCCAUGGUUAACAUCCACCGAUCGCCUGGACUCUGAUCAGUCAUCCGGGGUUUCUGUUCACGGUCCCCACCCUGGCUCCUGCUCUAGAGAGAUCUCUCUCCUUCAUACCCCGACUGAGGUGAUCUCUCCCUUGGAGAAGAAGAAGCGUCUGGCCCAGGCUAGCCUGACCAUCCCUGCCUCUGGCGCCUUGGAAGAUGGGGCAGAACUAGAGAGACCCUCUGUUAUUCAGCUGUCCCACUCUUCCCAGUCUCCUGUGUGUCCUUCUUCCACUCGCACUCGACACUCUUCCGAUGGCUCACCCCUUCCCGUCUCUUCCCCGUCUGGCUCCUUAUCCCGCAGUCCCUCUCCUUGCUCUGUCUCCUCUGAGGACUGUAUAGCCAUGCCGACCCAGAAGUCUCCUUCCAAAGAUACCGAAAGUAAGACACCUUCUCGUUUGUCUGCUCUCCCCACAUCCAAGGCUACUAGCACAGGAGUUUGCAAGCCUCUCGGAUGUUACCCCAGCAGCAAAGAAUUUGUCAACUAUCACCGCUACCAUUACAGGGAUUUCCUGCAAAGUGGCCCACCCCAUUCCGAAAAGACCCAGAGGAGUCUUUCGACAUGGACCGAGGAUGGUAAAUCCAGCACCAGACUUGCAUCCUACAGGAUGCCUUCACCUGCAUACACCAAACCCUGCUGGGUCCCUCAUGCCUCCAGCUUCUACAAGGUCUCACCACGAGAUCCCUGCAGGCCUGUGUCACUACAGCCCACUUUUAAACCGCACAUGUCCUACCCCCAGCACCUCCUCAAGAGGCCCACUGCUGAGGAAUCCUACUUGAAGAAGAUACCAGUAGCCCCUUCAAAUCGCAUUACGGACAGGAAAGAGAAAGCAAAGACAGCGUUGCCUCUGCCUACCCAGCAGUUUCUCUUCCACCCUCAUCCCAGUCUAACAAUGCCCUACCUGCCAACCUUGGAGAGACCUCGGGCAGACUUAACCGAACAGUUGAAGGCUCUACCUCUUCAACCGGUCCUUGUUCCAAGCCAUCUAACAAUACCUUCUGCUCAGACCCACUCUAUGCAUUGCCCGCCAGUGGGCAACCCCUUUACUGGAUCUUACGAGGCUGCUUUGCCCUCCUACCCUUACGCGUUGCCCAUCUGGCAUCCACCCUCAGGGUACAACAUGGCAGGCCUUCAGCCUUACUGAACUAUUCUUAAAUGACUGGUCCUUACGGUCUAGCCUUCUGUUACUCUUCAAGUCUAUAGGUCAGCGUGAAACCAAAGUUGAUCGUUUACUUUCUUAAUACAGACUCCUUUACAACUUCCUACAAACUCUGAUACUGAAGGAUCAAGUCGAUUUUCAUGAUCAAGUUUCAGGAUCAUUUUACAUGAAGUAAAAUGGGUUGCAAAGUGUUUAGUGUUGAUUUUAAAAACUAAUGCUAACUCAAAGACUGUUACAUACAAAGUCCUACAGCUCAGCUGGUGGAGCAUAGCACUUGCAACGCCAAGGUUUUGGAAUCAAUUCCUAGUGUAUACACACAAUACUGAUCAAAUGUAGCAGUGAAUGCACUGUUGUAAAUCACUUUGGAGAAAUGUAUGCCAAAUGCUGUUAAAAUGUAAAUGCUACAUGUUGAUGUGUUCAUCAGUGUGCCUAGAUCUGCAAAAGAGAAUAGUCUCCUUUUUUUUAAUGCCAUUCUUCUAACGAAUAUAAAUUAUUUUGUGGUACAAUUCAGGGUCCAGUGUAAAUAAUCAUCAAGGUUCUUGCAUAUCUUGACAAAGGGCUAUAUUCACAUAAGGGUACAUCUUU